GGGAAGCGAAAGUAGAAUUGUUUUUACGCAAAAUGGCGAAAAUUCCUGUGACUAAACAUCACGCCAUGCAUUUCUCAGCUUAAAAGGUGCCACGGAUUAACUUCUAAACCAUAAUUAUAUUAACGAGGGAGAAUACUGUUUAAUGUUGACAUAAAUAAACGGCGGGAAUCCACCACACUGGGAAUCCUGAUGAAAAGGGUUGGCAGGAAUCCUCCCUUUACAGGUCACAAAAGAAUGGCAAUGGACAUACAAAGCGAUAUUUCAAAUCCGAAUGUCGGAGCUGCGAUUAUCUUUGGCAAUUAUGGCACACCUGAUAAUAGCAAUACUUUUCAGUUCCGAAAGGGCGGUGAAAAAGACCUGGAUAAUGUGCAGUCUGUGUUUAUCAAAAGUCUGGGAUUUGAUUGGUUGAACAAAGACAAUAGCCAUAACUUGUUCAUAAACCAAUGGGAUCAUACAAAGAUUAGAGCAAGUGGGCAAAUUGGAAAUUGCAGGAAGUGUUUGAAAUGUCUUAUUAAAAAUACAGACUUUAAAAGGUAUAAGUAUUUUGUAUUAGCCAUAAGUUCACACGGAUUUUCCGAAAAAGGUGAACAGUUUGUGCAGUUUCUUAGCUCAACGGACUACGCGCUGUUGUCAUUGUCCGAGGUUCUAGAAGCUAUUAGUGACAAACAGUGUCCUACAUUGGCAGGCAAACCACGGAUCGUUAUCGUUCAGGCAUGCAGAACAGACAGCGAAUUUCCGGAUUUGGCCGAAGAUCAUGGCGUCGUUUUCAAUUUAUAUACAGAACAAGGCCAUGAGGAGUUCCCUGUUAACGCAUUACUUAAGGAAUUUGGACAUUUAACAAUUGAUGAGAGCAAUGCUGGUCUUAUGGAUACUGAUGAGGUUUCGGAAGACGCUGCACCUCCCACAGCACGGCAGGGCAAUGUUGGGAGUAUAAAGGUGUUAGUUCAAGCCGACGAAAAAGAUGAAACAAAAUUGAAGAUUCCCAAUAACUUUCUGGUUAUCUACCCGACAGCACCUUACCGCUAUUCCAAAAGAAACGAAACUGAAGGGUCAUGGUUUGAAUUUUACCUAAAGGAAGUUGUGGAUGAAUAUGAAGGACAUUCCACAGAGCUCGAUUUCUUUCAAGUUUUAACUGAAACAAAUCAACGAGUAUCAAAUCGCGAAACUGUUGUUUAUAAGAGAAACUCAGCGGGUAAGAUCCAGUACGAUCCAGGUACUGAGAGUCCAUCGAGGGAUGAGGACAAAUCCGGAAAGAAAAAUGUCGUGUGGAUUGAACAUAGAAUCACUCAGCCUUUGGUCUUUAGAUUGGCUAGCGGGAACUAGACUUAUUUGAGAUACUAGUACUCACUGCGUGUCAUAUACUAGUACACUAAAAACCGGUUUUGGAACUGGUCGCCUCCCCAUGCCAAUGAUUGCACCUUGAUUCAGGAACAGGAACAAUUUUGGUUAGUUAUGAGUUAAGAUGCGCAUGAUAUUGUAUAAACCAUGUACAUGCGCAUUCAACGUCGCAUAUUUUUUACUCUCAAAUUGUCCUCAUUGCUAAUCAAUACGAUUUUUUGUACGCAUUGAAUAUACAUGUAUUGGUGUUAAAAAUGGUGUUUUAUGACGAUUUGAUGCAAUUGUAUUGUUAGCUUUUCCACAUACAACGAUAUGAAGAAGAUCUCCCGACUCAGGGAUACGUUUGAAGCAGAUUAGACUUAAGCAUAUCAAUAUGGGUUGAACAUAAGAUGGACACAAUUGGAGCAUUAUUUUGUUAGGCUCAGACUAAUCAAAGAUGUCAUUAUUGUUGAGCAUGUGUUUGGCACGAAAGUAACAUUAUUAGAUAGCACAGACUAGAAAUCAAAAUAGCAAUGUCUGUCGGUCACAUGUUUGACAUAAGAAAAGCUACAAAGUACAUGGUCUAAAUCUAUCAUAUAUUUAUAUAUAUACAUAUCGUUGUGAUGGAACAUAGUCACACACAGUCUCUGGUCUUUAGAGUGGUUAGUGAAAACUAGAUAGGCAUUUUAAAUACACUUGUUAAAACGCUAAUGAUUAAUAUAUAUAUGUUUGAUUUUUAUAUUAUGCAUUAUUUGUCCUUACAGUGUGGUAUGGCUGUUGACCAAGAGUAACAUAUCAUAUUUACUUUUAUUCAGCAUUGGAUAGUUCAUAAAGUUACCAGCGUCUGGUUUGAGAAAGUUCAUCUAUGCAGACUUAAGUUUUGGUUUGAUAUGAGAUCUUCUUAAUUUCCUCUUUAUACAGACUAUCACUGAAUUUUGUAUUUCAAUCGCUAUUUUGGCAAAAACUUUUAGAACACACAUGAUUUUUUAUGUGUUAUGUACAUGUGCUUUGUUGAUUCUAUUUAAUAGUCAUUUUUUCUUCCUUGACUAUUGAGCGAAAUUCAGCCUUUGCUUUCUUGGACGACCAGUGAGAAUAAGAGUUCAAAACUUUGUUCAACAUGUUUUUAAUUGAUCAUUUACUGUUUUAAUAUACAAUUGUGGAAAUAUCCGAAGUGUGAUACGCCAUUCUUAUUUUUGCAAAGAUUAUUCACAAAGUUUAUCCAAUGAAAUUUUAAAUAUCUAGUCCAUCCAGAUGAAAUUGUAUAUUGUAAGGUCUCUGUUUCUGAAUAUUUAUAGUUUUACUUUUAAAGGCAAGGAUGUUUGAAUAUUAUUUUUUGCUGGUCAUAUUUAUGUGUGUUUUUUAAUUUGUGAAAAAAUAAACGUGUUUGCUAAUAAUUGACCGUUUAUAGCAUAUGACAUGCUCGUCUUUCUCCAUUUUCACAAUAUUUCAGCAGCUAUUUCACAUUCAAAGUUAUGUACACGAUUCUCUUUUUGAUAGCCUAGAGUGAUUUUAAUCUGACAUUUCAGGUUUAUUAGAUAUUGCAAAAAUGACCAACACUCGGCGUUUACUGUUAUUUUUUAAUCAUUUCAUAUAUGUAAAACAUUAACUCUGGAAAAUUAUUAACAAUCAGUAUAUUGCAUUUCUUGAUAUAUUUUUGUGUGUGAAAAAAACUUAUAUAUUCUGGUAAUGGGUCCAUAAAAUAUAAACACUAACGAAUAGUAUGUGUUUAAUGACUUUUGUAAUAUCCUCUAUCCACACCUAGAAUAUCAAAAAUGGUUUAUGAAAAUGUUGGGAGAAACUGUUGACUGUGUCACGGAAAUUACUGCGUAACGGACACUACAUUUCGGUUUCGCAUAAGCAUUGUGACUCUUAUCAGGAACGUAAAUAUUUUAAUAUAUUAGUCAGGCUCCUAGAGGCUUUCCAAAGAUUGAAAAACGUUUUUAUUAUGAAUUGGUUGAUAGUAUUAAAUAUAAAAUGAUGCGUUACAGGCACUACAACUGUGGGUUAUCUUUAAACAAGAUGGAUAAAUUACAACUAAAUACUGUGUCUACAAUAUUUUUAUUUUGAACAACAGCUUGCAUGAUAAUUUCAGGGCUGAAUUUAAAUCAAAAUCAUGGUUUUUAUAUAAUUAUUUAUCAUAAGGAGUUAAAAUAUCAAACAAAAUAGAAAACGUUUAACGAAAACUUUGCCUCCACUUAAUGUAUCAUAUCAUCUGAUAAUCAGACUUUACGUUUCAUUUUAAAACUAGAUUUCUACUCAUAAAUGUUCGAUUUAACACGUCUAUAGUUACUUAUAGAUAUGAAAAUCUGUAGCAAAAUUCCCUUUUUUCAAACGCAACAUCAUAAUCAACAUAACCUUUUUAUGGGUCACUAUCCAAACAGAUCAAAACUAACGAUUAAAUAAGUUAUAACAUCACCUGGGCCUAUGAUAAAAACUGAUUUUAACCACAAAUGCAUCUUAUUUGUGUUAUACUUUUAUGUAUAAUAUGAAAAACAAUGAACAGCCCAAAGUACUGUGAAAAAAAGUAUUAAUUUAAACGAUUGACAGAACUAAUAAUACUAUCACGGCUCUACUCCUUUUUAAGACAAAGCCUUAUUGCGUUUCAUGUUACAAUUGAAUUUAUCCCAAUAAAUUUAUAGCACACUA